AUGGCAUCUCCCGCAACACUCCAGGCGGCCAUCUUGGUCGUGUCGACAACAGCCGCGCGCGAUCCGUCGACCGAUGCAGCCAUUCCGGCGCUGACGAGCGUCUUGGAGGAGAGCGGCCAAUGGACGGUGGCAGAAACACAGAUUGUGACCGACGAGGCCGCCGCCAUUCGCAAGCAGAUACAGGCGUGGACGGAUGUCGACGAGAGCCGAGAAAGCUUCAUCAGCCUCGUCGUCACGACCGGCGGCACCGGCUUCGCCGUCUCCGACAUUACCCCCGAGGCCGUCUCCGAGUUGAUCGAAAAGCCGGCACCGGGCCUGGUGCACGGCAUGCUGGCGGCCUCACUGCAAGUAACGCCAUCAGUCGCCGUGAUGUCGCGGCCGGUGGCGGGCGUGCGGAAACGCAGCAUUAUCGUGACUCUGCCAGGGUCGCCCAAAGGCGCGAAAGAGAACCUGCAGGCGAUUGUGAAGAUGUUGCCGCACGCGUGUGUCCUGGCCGCCGGCAUGGACUCGCGAGCAUUGCACGCAGGUGGGGUGAGGAAGCUCGAGAAGGACGCGGGCGUUGGUGCUGGUGCUGCUGCUGGUGCGGGUGCCAUUGCCGGUGCAUCAGCGGCCGUCCACAGCCAUUCGCAUAGUCACAGCCACGGACACGGACACGGGCACGGGCAUGGACAUGGGCAUGGCCACAGUCAUGGUGGCCACGGCCACGGGUUAGUUCACCAUGCCCCGCCAGCAGACGCGGCACCGACAACGCCUCUCUCCAACGACCCGAGUCUGGGCCCUACCCGACGGAACCGGGCCAGCCCGUACCCUAUGCUCUCCGUGGACGAGGCUCUAGCACGCAUCAGCGAGUUCACGCCGGGCUAUGCCGAGGCCGUGCGGCCGGUCAACGAGGCCCUCGUCGGCCAUGUUUUGGCGGAGGACGUCUACGCAGCCGAAGACGUGCCGGCCUUCCGUGCCAGCAUCGUGGACGGGUAUGCCGUGGUGGUGCCGAAACCGAGCGACGCCGAUGCGGACACCGAUGACCGUACCAAUGGUGGCAGUCGCACCCUGUCGGGCGUCUUCCCUGUCGUGGCCGUCUCGCACGCGGCGCCCGACGAGGGCAACGUCCUCCGCGCCGGCGAAAUUGCCCGCAUCACCACCGGAGCACCCCUGCCGGCCGGCGCCAACGCGGUCGUCAUGGUCGAAAACACGGUGCUGCAGUCCCGAACAGACGACGGCGCCGAGGAAAAGGACGUUGCGAUCCGCGCUGCCAAUGUGCGCGACGGCGACAACGUGCGUGAGGUCGGCAGCGACGUGCGCCGCGGCCAGCUGAUUUUGGCCAAGGGCGCCAAGAUCACGGCGGUCGGCGGCGAAGUGGGCCUGCUGGCGUCCGCGGGCGUGCAGCAGGUCGCCGUCUGCCGGCGGCCCGUGGUGGGCGUGCUGUCGACGGGCAACGAGGUGGUGGAGCACACGUCGCGGCCGCCGUCGCGCCUCCGACUGGGCGAGGUGCGCGACACGAACCGGCCGACGCUGCUGCUGGCGGCGCAGGAAUGGGGCUUCGACACGGUCGACCUGGGCAUUGUGGCGGACCAGCCGCACACGCUGGAGCAGCGGCUGCGCGACGCUCUGCGGCAGGUCGACGUGGUCGUGACAACGGGCGGCGUGUCCAUGGGCGAGCUGGACCUGCUGAAGCCGACCCUCGAGCGGGCCUUGGGCGGCACCAUCCACUUUGGCCGCGUGGCCAUGAAGCCGGGCAAGCCGACGACGUUUGCCACGGUCGAGGUCAAGGAGGCGGUGCGUGACACGAGCGUGGCCAGUGCCGGCGGAGGCAGUGCUGCCGGCGACGUCGUCCACAGCACCCGCCGCGUGGUCCGGCCUGUCUUCUCGCUUCCCGGCAACCCGGCCUCGGCACUCGUCACGUUCCACCUCUUUGUCCUGCCGGCCCUGCACCAGAUGGCCGGAGAACAGCCACGCGGCCUGCCACGUGUGCCCGUCGCGCUGUCGCACGACUUUGCGCUCGACAAGGAGCGGCCCGAGUACCAUCGCGCCGUGGUCAGUGUCGGUGCCGACGGCGUCCUGAAAGCGACGAGCACGGGCGGCCAACGCAGCUCCAAGGUCGGCAGCAUGCGUGGUGCAAAUGCGCUGCUAUGUAUGCCGGCGGGUCCAGAGCCGUUAAAGGCCGGCGCCAAGGUGGACGCGUUGUUGAUGAGCAAUGUUCGGAGCGAGAUGUGA